AUGAUUAGUUCGUUACAGAACGCACUUUCCACGCCUUAUUUCCAAUUCCGAGAUAUUGCGCACAACAUAAGGUCAAUUACUGCAACUACAACGAAGUCCUGUACAGAAAUAUACUUUAUAUUGAACCCUUCAGAUUAUUUCUCUCGCUGCUGUCAUCAUAGUAUGUCUGCACUUCGAAAGAAAUUUGGGGACGACUAUCAGGUAGUGACCACCUCAUCCAGUGGGUCUGGAUUCAACCAGCCGGCACCAGAGAAGAAGAAGAAGAGGCAACGCUUUGUGGACAAGAACGGGCGAUGUAACGUCCAGCAUGGAAACCUGGGUGGUGAAACCAGUAGAUACCUUUCCGAUUUAUUCACUACACUGGUUGAUUUGAAAUGGCGCUGGAAUUUAUUCAUCUUCAUCCUAACAUACACGGUGGCAUGGCUCUUUAUGGCCUUCAUGUGGUGGAUCAUAGCCUACAUCAGAGGAGACCUCCAUCGAGCCCACGAUGACAAGUAUACGCCAUGCGUUGCCAAUGUCUACAACUUUCCCUCAGCGUUUUUAUUCUUUAUAGAAACGGAAGCCACAAUAGGAUAUGGCUAUAGGUAUAUCACGGACAAAUGUCCUGAGGGGAUAAUUCUCUUUCUUUUCCAGUCAAUCCUGGGAUCAAUCGUUGAUGCUUUUUUGAUUGGCUGCAUGUUCAUUAAGAUGUCCCAGCCCAAAAAAAGGGCAGAGACAUUGAUGUUUAGUGAACAUGCAGCUAUUUCGAUGCGAGAUGGAAAACUAACUCUCAUGUUCAGAGUCGGCAACCUGCGUAAUAGCCAUAUGGUCUCGGCACAGAUCCGCUGCAAAUUGCUGAAAGUAAGUGGCACUUCUACGGCCCCAUGCCCAAUAAUAUAUGUGUAUUAAAACGUUAGUACCCCAUUUACUUCUGUCAUGAGUGUUUAGUUUUCUUAUUGUUUAAUUUCGCCACAAUUACACAUAAAAUACUUUAUUAUAAAGUUAAUUAUUCUCUGCUGAUAUGAUAUUUUAAUACCAGUAUUGCUCUUUUAUCGCGUUAGAGAUAUUUAUAAUGAUAUGAACGUAGGCCUAAUUAAACAUAGAAUAAUGGAUUUCUAGAGCCUACUUUUAUGAACAAUCGUUUUUUCACGUUCUUUGCAAAUAGGCCUACCAAUGUGAAUUAACACUUAAAGCAAUUAAUUCCAGGGAAGUUUAGUGGCAAUGCUAUUCAUAUAGCAAUAAUAAUGUUACCAUUAUACAGGCCUCCUGAAGUAGAAGAGAGUCACUGGGUCAUCAACAUCUUAAGAUGUGCCUUUGAUGUGGCUUGAUGUGCCUGAUUAGCUAUAGCCAGAGCUAUAUAUGGCUCUGGCUAUAGGCAUUGAUUUACUAACUCUGUCUAUUUACAGGUGAUUGAUCUCACAAAAUGUGGAUAGCUUUCAGUAGGGCUCACUGGGUUGCAGUAGUUAAACUGUUUGUUGUCCCCCCCCUAUCUAUCUAUCUAUCUAUCUAUCUAUCUAUCUAUCUAUCUAUCUAUCUAUCUAUCUAUCUAUCUAUCUAUCUAUCUAUCUAUCUAUCUAUCUAUCUAUCUAUCUAUCUAUCUAUCUAUAUCUAUCUAUAUCUCCCUCUCUCUCUCUCUCUGUCUCUCUUUCUCUUGCUAUCUCUGUAUACUUCCAUAGUCUCGUCAGACGCCUGAAGGUGAGUUUCUUCCACUGGAUCAGUUGGAAUUGGACGUGGGCUUCAGUACCGGGGCGGAUCAGCUCUUCCUUGUCUCACCACUUACAAUCUGCCAUGUGAUUGACACUAAAAGCCCAUUUUACGAACUCUCCCAGAGAUCCAUGCAAACAGAGCAGUUUGAAAUUGUGGUCAUAUUGGAAGGAAUAGUGGAAACCACU